AACGGCACCCAGAAACCCAGGACAAGGAGAGACGCGCCAUCCUGAACUUGCCUGCGUUUUUGACGAAGGAGUUGCCUCACAUUUAUUUGAGCAUGUCCUCCGAGAGGCAUUAUUUUUGGAGCGGUGUGACACAUACAUAUCCUAGAGAUCCAAGAUUAUCACCACCCAAGUAUAAAAUCCCAAGAGGCGCGGACACAAAAAUUGGAUUGCGUUACUACAAGAUAUCUGGACGAAGCUGGAUUAAUGCUCCAGAUGCCACCGUUUUUAAUGUUCCAAAGCUCGUAGCUCGUAAACUAGUUUCAGUUAAUCUCUCUGAUGUCAAGGAAUCACCCGAAAGGAGAAAUUAUAUCGAUUUUAUGGCCAAGCAACUAUCGGGAAUUGGUGUCCCAGGAUGUGAGCAGCUGGAUGUUCUUGAAAAAAUAUUUGAUGUGAUUGAUGUCACCGUCCCCGGGAGGCAUAUUAUUGUGUUCUUAGCAGAUGUGACCGUCCAACUCUUAGACAAUGCGAGUAAUCUUGGUGAAGGGGAUGUGACUUUACCGUUAUGGAUCAAUGGAAGACUUACUGAUAAUCAGCAAAUUAUGCUUCAAAGGCUUAUGAUGGAUUUCAGCUGUGGUGUCCCCAAGGGUUCUCCUGCAACUUUAUCAUCCAUUCAGGACUUGGAGAAAGUGAGACUUGAUAGUUUGGAAGCUGCUGUUAGACAAAUGGAUUGUGCUAUUUGUAUUGAUCACUUUUAUGCUGCAGAAGAAGGGAAUGAUCAUCAUCAUAUGAUUGUUCGCUUGCCCUGUUCACAUAUGUAUCAUGAAGAUUGCAUUGGCCAGUGGCUCGAGAAUAAUCAAAGGUGUCCGUUGUGCCGAUGCACAGUUGUGUUGCACAGGGCAUCAAAACCCCUAAUGAGGCUGCAUUGGCCCAUGCUCAUGUUGUCUGCGGUUGGAUAUAAUCAUAGAAAGUUAGAAACCGUGUUUUAUGAGGCUGAAGUGGCCAUCCCUGGUAAGCCUAUUAUUGUGUGUAUUGCGGAUGUGACUCUCCGCCUCUUAGACAGUGAAAGUAAUCUUGGCAUAGGGGAUGUGACCUUCCCCUUAUGGUGCAACGGAAGAUAUAUGGAUUAUCGUCCAUAUCAGGAUCAGCGUCGGUUCGGGUGGUUUGGAACACAACCCGUGUGUUCGGGUCUCCCCAAGCCCAUUCCUGCUACUGAAUCAUUGAUCGAGGGUUUGAAGAAAGUGAGACUUGAUGAUUUGGAAGAUGUUGUUAGACAGAUGCCAUGUUCUAUUUGUAUGGAGGCCCUAGAUCACUUUGUUGCUGCAGAAGAAGGGACUGAUCAUCAGCAUAUAAUUGCUCGCUUGCCCUGCUCGCAUAUUUAUCAUGGAGAUUGCAUUAUCCCAUGGCUAAAGACAAAUUACGUAUGUCCCCUGUGCCGAUCCCCUGUGGGGAAGCCACCAAAGCCCCCAUUGAGGGUACAUUGGCCUAUGCUCAUGAUGUCUGCAGUUGGUAUGCUGACUGCUACAAUCAUUCCCAGAUUGUUGAACCGAAGCUGA